AUGGUGCUAAAGGUGUACGGACCUCACUUUGCCUCACCGAAGAGAGCUCUGGUAACGCUCAUCGAGAAGGGCGUCGCCUUCGAGACCGUCCCCGUCGAUCUCAUGAAAGGAGAACAUAAACAGCCUGCUUAUCUCGCCUUACAGCCUUUUGGUACAGUCCCUGCUGUUGUAGACGGCGACUACAAAAUCUUCGAGUCACGUGCCGUCAUGAGGUACGUUGCUGAGAAGUACCGGUCACAAGGACCUGACCUUUUGGGUAAAACCGUAGAAGAAAGAGGACAAGUAGAGCAGUGGCUCGACGUGGAGGCGACUACUUACAACCCACCGCUACUGAACCUGACACUUCACAUAAUGUUCGCAUCAGUCAUGGGAUUCCCGUCUGAUGAGAAACUGAUCAAGGAGAGCGAAGAGAAGCUCUCGGCUGUUCUCGAUGUGUACGAGGCACAUCUUUCGAAGAGCAAGUACUUGGCCGGUGAUUUCGUGAGCUUGGCUGAUUUGGCUCACCUCCCGUUCACUGAUUACUUGGUGGGUCCGAUUGGAAAAGCUUACAUGAUCAAAGACAGGAAGCACGUGAGCGCGUGGUGGAACGAUAUCAGCAGCCGUCCUGCGUGGAAGGAGACUCUUGAAAAGUAUUCAUUCCCUGCUUAAGAACAUGAUGUUCUUGUUGUUGUUGGUGUUGUUAAUUAUGUGAGGUUAAUAAAAACAGUGGAACUGUAUGUCUCCUCUUAUGUUAUCUUACCACUCUCUUUUGUAACUCAGAACUCUUUGUGUGGUUGAGUAAGGUUUUUUAAUUAGAGGAACUUAAUUAUCACGCUUCCAUUAAGGAUCAUUAUAAAGGUUUGCA